AUGUAUCAGGAUGUUGAUGAUGAUGAUGAUGAUGAUGAUGAUGAUGAUGAUGAUGAUGAUGAUGAUGAUGAUGAUGAUGAUGAUGAUGAUGAUGAUGAUGAUGAUGAUGAUGAUGAUGAUGAUGAUGAUGAUGAUGAUGAUGAUGAUGAUGAUGAUGAUGAUGAUGAUGAUGAUGAUGAUGAUGAUGAUGAUGAUGAUGAUGAUGAUGAUGAUGAUGAUGAUGAUGAUGAUGAUGAUGAUGAUGAUGAUGAUGAUGAUGUUAUGAAGGAAAUACUCUGUUGUUUGUAA